GUAUCAUGCUGUGUUGGGUACACAUGUAUUGUAUCUUUUAGGCUUUCCUGACCUAUGAUGAUGUGCAUGUGAACUUCACUGAGGAAGAGUGGGCAUUGCUGAAUCCUUCUCAGAAGAGUCUCUACCAAGGUGUAAUGCUGGAGACCUGUAGGAAUCUCAGUGCUAUAGGCUACAUUUGGGAAGACCAUACUACUGAAAAAUAUUGUAAAAGUUCAGGAAGACAUGGAAGGUAUGAAAGAAGUUUUACUGGAAAGCAAACCUUUGAUUUUAUUCAGUACUGUAAUGGCUUUGCAGUUCAGAGUCAUACCCAAAGGUAUAAUGGAGAGAAGCCCUAUGAAUGUAACCAUUGUGAUAAAGCUUUUGCACGAAGGAGUAGUCUCAAAGCACAUAAAAGAACACAUAAUGGAGAAAAACCUGAAUGUAUCCAAUGUUGUAAAGACAUUGUAAGAAGCAGUGCUCUCCAAAAUCAUAAAGGAACACACACAGGAGAGAAACUCUGUGAAUGUAAUCAAUGUGGUAAAGCCUUUGCACCAAGGAGUAGUCUCAAAAGACAUAAAAGAUCAUGUAAUGGAAAAAAAUGUUAUAACUGUAACCAAUGUUGUAAAGCCUUUGUACAAAACCAUAAUCUCCAAAAAUAUAAAAGGACCCAUAAAGUACAGAAACCCUAUGAAUGUAACCAAUGUGGGAAAGCCUUUGCAUGCAGCAGUACUCUCCAAACACAUAAAAGAACACACACAGGAGAGAAACCCUAUGAAUGUAACCAAUGUGGCAAAGCCUUUGCAGAAAGCAGUAAUCUCCAAACACAUAAAAGAACACACACAGGAGAGAAACCCUAUGAAUGUAAUCAAUGUUGUAAAGCCUUUACACAAAAAAGUCAUCUCCAUAGGCAUAUAAGAACACAUACAGGCGAGAAGCCCUAUGAAUGUCACCAAUGUGGGAAAGCCUUUGCACAGAGCAGUCAUCUCCAAAGACAUAUAAGAACUCAUACAGGAGAGAAACCCUAUGAAUGUAACCAAUGUGGCAAAGCCUUUGCAGACAGUGGUACUCUCCAACAACAUAAAAGAACACACACAGGAGAGAAACCCUACGAAUGUAAUCAAUGUUGUAAAGCCUUUACACAAAACAGUCAUCUCCAUCGUCAUGUAAGAACAUAUACAGGCGAGAAGACCUAUGACUGUCACCAAUGUUGUAAAGCCUUUACACGAAAUAGUCAUCUCCAACGUCAUAUAAGAACACAUACAGGCGAGAAACCCUAUGAAUGUAACCAAUGUAGCAAAGCCUUUGCAGACAGCAGUACUCUCCAAAGUCAUAUAAGAACACACACAGAAGAGAAGCCCUAUGAGUGUAACCAAUGUGGCAAAGCCUUUGCACAAAGGAGUCAUCUCAAAAGACAUAAUGAAACAUAUAAUUGAAAAAACCUUAUGAAUUAACCAAUGUUGUAAACCCUUUGUAAAAAGUGGUGAUCACCAAAAAGAUAAAAGAAUGCAUACAGGAGAAAACCCUAUGAAUGUAACCAAUGUGGGAAAGCCUAAAAAAAAGUAGUAAUCUCUAAGAACAAAAAUGAAGACGUACUGGAGAGAAAACCUGUGAAUGUAACAAAUAUGCUACAGCCUUUGCACAAAAGAGUCAUCUACAAAGACAAUAGAAACCAUGCAGGAGAGAAAACCUUUAACUGUAACCAAUGUGCCAGAACUUUUUCACAAAGCAGUGGUCUCUAAAAUCUUAAAAGUACACAUGCAGGAGAGAAACUUUUUUGAACGCAACCAGUGUGGUUUUAUAACAUAAACAAUCAUAGCAGAGAAACCCAAUAAAUGUCUUAAAUGUUCUUAAGCCUUAUAUAUCACAAGCUUCUGCAACUGCAUAACUGAAUAGUUACUAGAGAAAAAUGCUUGGACUGUAACUACUGUGGUAAAACCUUUCACAAAAUAGUCAUCUCCUAGCCCAUAAAAUAAUACACACUGCAUAGGAUUCCUAUGAAUGUAAGAAAUGUGGCAAACCUUUUGCAAAUGGUAGUACUUUGCAAGUAAAUAAAAGAAGACACAUUCAAUAGACACCUUAUGAAUAUAAUCCGUGUGAUUAUGCCUCUGUAUUUGAACUAGCAAUCAUCUUCCAAAUACAUAAAAGAAGACAAACAGGAGGGACACCCUAAAAGUGUAAGCAAAGUGGUAACACCUUCGCAUAUCAGUCAUAUUCAAAUGCAC